UUUGGAUUUCUUUUUAUUAUUAAAAGAAAUAGUGAAAGCCAUUGUCUUCAUCCACCGUCUCCACUAACUGAAAUUUUUUCUCCAGAAACAGAGAAAAACAACUGAAAUCUUGGUGAUUUUCUCUCGAUUUCAUCGUAGAAUCGUAACGUUUUGAGUCUAAGACGGUGGUGUUAUGCAUUUAAUCGUCUGCUUGAUUCGUAGUUGGAUCUAAUUAGAGCGGAUUCUUUGUGUUAUUGAUCGUUGUGGAUAUGGAGGUGAGACCCAAUCCGACGGGCGACAACUCGUCGAUCUCGCAGCAGCAUCUCACCAGUUCUUCAUUGAAGCAGCCGUCCGCUUCUUCUAAUCCUAUCGACUCCAACGCUGUUGCGCAGAGGCUGCAAAAGGAAUUGAUGUCACUGAUGAUGAGUGGAGAUGAUCUUGGUGUGUCAGCUUUUCCUGAAGGUGAGAGCAUUUUCACAUGGAUAGGCACGAUUGAGGGUGGGAAAGGAACUGCAUAUGAGGGUUUAUCUUACAAACUCUCUUUACAUUUUCCCAUGGAGUACCCUUUCAAGCCACCCCUUGUUAAGUUCGAGACGAUGUGCUUCCAUCCAAAUGUCGACCAAUAUGGCAACAUUUGUCUCGACAUUCUUCAGGAUAAGUGGUCUUCAGCAUAUGAUUGCAGAACCAUUCUUCUGUCUAUUCAAAGCCUAUUAGGAGGUUUGCUCAUUUCUCCCUGCAUAUUUGGGAACAUUAUGAUCUUGAUGAUAAUUCUCUCAUCCCAUGUGAAGUUGUGUUUACAAUGCAGAGUCCAACCCAGAGAGUCCUCUCAACAGCUAUGCUGCUGCUCUUUGGAAUAACAAGGAAGAUUACAGAAAGAUGGUCCACAAACAGUAUUUUUCGGGUGCAGUCAUGGAAGGCUGAUUUCGAAAAGCCGAGUAGAGAACAAACAUAGACACCGUAUAUUGUCACACAGUUACGCUAAAGCUCGAGAUAAAAGGUCUGACUUUAUAACAUAGAAAGAAAAAGAAGAAAGAUUACAUUACAUUGACAUGUGAACUGGAUAUCUGUACCGUUUUAUAGCUAAUUUCUCUUCCCUGUAAUUAAUUGCUGGAGAAUAUUUUACAAAAUUGGAAUCACCUUGCCGUGCUAUUUGCUAGAACUCGGAAAUUUACAAUAUAGCUUCCAUUUUAGGCAA